CUCUCCUUGCCUCCCUGGUGGUUGGCACAGCAGCCGCGGCACCCGCCUGCUGCCUGGCUGAUGGAGAGAUUAAUCCUAAGCCCUUCCCGUCAGCACCUCCACCCCCCACCCCGGGCAGGACCAUGCUGGCUGUCCCUGUGGGACUUGGAGCACCAAGUCCGCUGCUGAGGCAGGACAGCUGGCCCAGCUCCCUGCAGCAUCCGGACCUUCAGCUCUCAGGAGGAAGGAGGACUUUGGGGGGGUCCUUCCAGAAAGCCACUCUGCACCCCUGCUCUUCUGCAGAUUCAGAAUGAAUAAACUUCUGCUCUUUAGAGGAGGCCGGAGAAGGACUGGACACUGACUCUACCAGGGAUGCUCUGUUGGCAGUUGCUUUUGGUUUUGUGUUUUUUCCCCCUACCUCUCUGACACAACACUGCCUCUUUCCUGAUCACUGAGAAAUGGGCUCCCCAUGCCCGCCAGAGAACAGGCUGGGAACACACUUCCUAAGACAAGCGGCAGACAAGUGAGCCCGCUGCUCCCUGGCCCCGCACUCUGUGGCAAUGCCCAUGUCUUCCAGAGACAGGCACCUACGUCCUGGACACCAUCACUUUGGCUCCUGCAGCCCCUUGAGCCAACUCUGGCCUGGUCCAGAGCCUCAGUCAGUCAAGGGCCUUUACUACCGCAGGGCCCGGAAGGUGGGCACCCUGGACACCUCUCCAGAGGCCGACUUGAAGAAGGAGAUCCUGGUGAACGUGGGUGGCCGGCGGUACCUGCUGCCCUGGAGCACCCUGGAUGCCUUCCCGCUGAGCCGCCUGAGCAGGCUCCGUCUGUGUCGCAGCUAUGAGGAGAUCACACAGCUCUGUGAUGACUAUGAUGAGAACAGCCAGGAGUUCUUCUUUGACAGGAGCCCCAGCGCUUUCGGGGUGAUUGUGAGCUUCCUGGCCGCGGGAAAGCUGGUGCUUCUGCGGGAGAUGUGCGCACUGUCCUUCCGGGAGGAGCUGAGCUACUGGGGCAUCGAGGAAGCCAACCUGGAACGCUGCUGCCUGCGCAAGCUCAUGAAGAAGCUGGAGGAGGUGGCCGAGCUGCGGCGGGAGGAGGCUAUGCAGCGCCAGCAGCAGCACCAGACCUGCCACUCCGAAGUGCACGCUUCACGAUGGGCCCGCAGCAUGAACCAGCUGCGAGAGAUGGUGGAGGACCCACAGUCAGGGCUGCCUGGGAAAGUCUUUGCCUGCCUCUCCAUUCUCUUCGUGGCCACCACGGCUGUCAGUCUGUGUGUGAGCACCAUGCCCGACUUCAGAGCUGAGGAGGACAAGGGAGAAUGCACAAGAAAGUGCUACUACAUCUUCGUGGUGGAGACCAUCUGUGUGGCCUGGUUCUCCCUGGAGUUCUGUCUGCGUUUUGCCCAGGCCCGGAACAAAUGCCAGUUCUUCCGUGGGCCCCUGAAUGUCAUCGACAUUCUGGCCAUCUCUCCAUACUACGUGUCUCUUGUGGUGUCUGAGGAGUCUCCGGAGGCAGGCGAGAGGCUGAGUGGCAGCUCCUACCUGGAGAAAGUGGGGCUGGUCCUGCGUGUUUUGCGGGCGCUCCGCAUCCUCUACGUGAUGCGCCUGGCCCGUCACUCACUGGGGCUGCAGACGCUGGGCCUCACGGUGCGCCGCUGCGCCCGGGAGUUUGGCCUUCUGCUGCUCUUUCUGGGUGUGGCGGUCACCCUCUUCUCCCCUUUAGUCUACGUGGCCGAGAAUGAGUCUGGAAGGGUCCUAGAGUUCACCAGCAUCCCCGCAUCCUACUGGUGGGCCAUCAUCUCCAUGACCACGGUAGGCUAUGGGGACAUGGUCCCUCGCAGUGUGCCGGGCCAGAUGGUGGCUCUGAGCAGCAUCCUUAGUGGUAUCCUCAUCAUGGCCUUCCCAGCCACAUCCAUCUUUCAUACCUUCUCCCAUUCCUACCUGGAGCUGAAGCGGGAGCAGGAGCAGGUCCAGGCCCGCCUCCGGCGUCUUCAGAACACAAACUCGGCCAGCGAAAGGGAGCUUCUGAGCGAUGUGGAUGAUCUGGUCCCCGAGGGCCUGGCCUCCCCUGUAUGCUACGUGUAAUGCCCACCAUCUUAGGAAUGUGCAAUAAUAUCAACCCAUCCCAUGGCUGAGACAAGCUCUCUCACCUCUCCUCUCCUGUGGACCAUCUGGGGGUGUGUCCUCAGAAUACUGACUUCCAAAGCAGGAAAGGUGCCAGGCCAUGACACCAUUGGUGUGAUCCUGAGCACAUCCCUUGUCCUUCCCCAGAUCCCUGCCAGCCACUGGGCACAGCCCAUCUAGACUAGGUCAGUGUCCCUGGGUUCUUUUCCCUUCCUUGCAUACUCUGUGAUAAUCCACCCUGGGUUCUGGAUGCUCAUUGAACUGACCACCACUAGUAGCCAAAACCAGAGUCUGCCAAUUUUCACCUUCUCCCCUAGACUCCCUGUCCUGGUCCAUGCUACCCCUGGGAAUUAGAGAGCUCUGGCACUGAGACCUGCUCAAAGCUCCACAUAGCCUGCAAGGCUUCCAAGAGGAUCAUGUGUUCUCUUACUUCCUGCCACCGCCAACCAAAUAAUUUCCAAAUGUGGUGGAAGUACUCACUGUUCUGGAAGCUCUUAGCCAAGAAGGCAGUCCUGGCCAUUACAGCAAAUCCUGCCAGGGUCUCAUGGUGGCAAGUCUGCUGUCACCUAUGACAUGCCUGGAGACUUGGGCUGCAGGGCCACUUGCAAGUGCCCAGUUGGCCAGCUGGACUCUUGGUGGACACUCGCUAGUUGUACAGCUCUUAGCCUCGACAAGGAGACUCUAAGAACUGUACAAUGUCCUUUCAGAGAACAGCAGCACCAGGAGGAACCUCAGCUUUCCAUGGUCAGCUAAACACCACUGACUGGCAUAGCUCAGCAGGACAGCCUCAGGCCUGCCUGGUUCUAGCUCCCUGCAUCUGACCUCCACUGAUGGAGGAUGGGCACUCCUGGUGUCUGUGUGCGUCCAUGUAUCCACGUGCUCAUCUGUCAGCAGACUCAGCCCUUGGAUCCACAGAGGAGGCGGCUUGCUAGGAACGUGACUUACAGAGACAAACCAGAAAGAAGCCGAGACCUCUGAGCAGCCAGUGCACCCAAAGUUUCCCAUGACACAGGUCUAACGCUGGAGCGGCACUCGGAGGAACAGAGUAGGCUAGGAUAAGGAGGUGAUGGAUCUCAGAGCCUUACGGAAGACAGCACUGUGGCUGUACUGGGGGUGAGGACAAGGACGACGGUCCAAGCUCAAGUGGGAGUGUCAUCCAUCCAGGAAUGACCGGUGGGUUCACCUUCUCCACGUCACUACCCAUCUGGCACAGCACACCUAGAAGACAUCUCUGUGGCACUUCUCAGGAGUGACAGACACAGCUGCACCAUCAUUCAAUAUUGACUGUAAGGCCAUUGGAGAAAAUAUAGGGGGCACAAGUGCAGUGAGAUAGACUGGCCCUUGUGAAUCUGACAUGACUCAUGUGUGGGUACAGGCAAUACUGCAGGCCUGCUCACACAUGCCUGGCUGUUGGUCCUGCCAGUGUUGAGCUGAGCCUGCUGUGUGCCAGGCUCACACUUCCCCUGACUGCAGCACAUAGCCGAUGACUGCCCAGAGAAACCCCAACAUCUAACCUAAAGUACAUCUUGCCCACGUGGGAACUCUCACAUUCUCUGACUCCCCCCAACAGAUACAUACACAUACACACACACACACACACACACACACACACACACACACACACGUCUCCAUCUCUCUAGACCUCAAGGUCUGGAGAGCACCCUUAGUUCUUACCAAGCUCACAUGUCUCAAGCAAGCCUUUUGUAUCACACUAGGAGAGCUGAUGCCUUGAGGAGGCCCAAGGCGUGCUGCUCUGCUCCAGGAUUCAGUUAGCAGAGUCCUUGGGGUACCUGGAUGUAUUCUGGGAGCAUAUCAAAAGUAACUAUAUUAAUCUUUUAUGCCAGGUUAGUUUUUGUUUGUUUUGAGACAGGAUCUCACAGUGUAGUCCAGGCUAUCUUUGAACUUGUAAUCCUCCCGGCUCAGCCCUCUGGCUCCCAAGCUGACAUUUUUAUAGCUGUUAUUAGGCAAAACACUAAACAGUCAGUUUUUCCUUUAUGCUCUUAAGAGAAGACAGCAUGGGUACUAUCUGAGGCCUGGGGGUUUCACACUGUCUAUGACUAUGGGCAGGUCCCUUUGCCUCCUUGUAAACCACUGUGGGCCAGAUCUAUGGUUCUCUAGCUGACGUUCCACAGAACACUCUUGGGGGCUGGAAGACCAGCCAAAUGGGCAGAGGGCCCAAUGGCUGAUGAUCGCACACUCACAACAGCUAGACGAAUACAAAAAUGUCUAAACAGCUCCUCUCCUCCAGGGCAGGGUUAUCCACAAAUCACAGUUCUGAGGUGUUGCGCUCACGCUGGAACCAGAGAAGAAGCCACUGGGGACCUGGUCCCUUGUCGGAUCUGCAUCUAUCCCUCUCCUCUGACUGAGGCCUCAUCUGCAUCACAUGCUUGCUGCGAUGUUUCCCAGCAGCGUGUCUGGCUCUCACCAGGCAUCCCCACAGUUCUCCGUGCCACCCAAAUGUA